GACGUCUGGAUGUACAACAACCCGAGCUACCAAAGCCCUCCGGAGAGCUGCCCUUCUCCCAGAGGAGAGACACAGCCAGGGGACCUCGCUCGAAGCCACGGCAGGACGCGGACAAGAGCGGCGGCCUCAGAUUUCGGGGCAGGCGGCCGGGCCGGGCCGUGCUGGCUCAGAGACUCGAGGAGGCUGCAGCCCAGCCGCGGAGCCACGCACAGCGGGCCGGGGCGCGGGCCUGCCCCGUCUCCUCCCCCUCGGCUCCCCUCGGCCUUUUUAACUAGAAACCCAGAAGCCAAGAAGAAGCAGCCUUCGGGCCGCAGAGUCUCCAUCCACAGCCCUGUUCGUCUGUCCGUCCGUCCAUCCAUCGUCUCCAUGCUCAUUCUACCCCCCAGGCCUCAGCCUGCGCCUGUCCCCGUGCCCGGCAUCAUCUCAGAGCCCCGUGGCCCCGGCAGAGCCCCCUGGGCCCUCCCUCACCACGACGGCCCUGCCUGGGCACCCACAGCCGCUCCAUGUGCACAGAACGGAGCAGCUCCACCUCUCCAAAAUGUCUUCCUCGGCCUCUGCCCCGGGGAUGGCAACGUUGGGCCGCUGGGGGAGCAGCGUGGAGGGCUGCAGACUGGGGGACCGCUGAGGGCCUGUGGCCUGGUCAUGGUGUGGGGCCCUGUGAUGGUGUGGGGCUCCGUCACAGUGUGAGGCCCCAUCAUGGUGUAGGGCCUUCUCAUGGUGUGGGACCCCGUCAUGAUGUGAGGCCCUGUCACAGUGUGGGGCCUCAUUGCCCUGUCACAGCGUGGCCUCCCUACCCCAAAACCCCAGGAAAUCUGGGGUUCCCCCCAUGCAGCCCCCAAAACAGUCAUCCUGGGGGAGAAAAGCAUAAGGAAAGCAUAUGGGCAGCCAUAGGAGCCCCAACAUCAAUAAGGGGACAGGUUUAAGGGACCCAAUGGCACACGGUCCAUGGGGCCACAGGCUCCCACCGCACCAAACCCCCAACAGCGGCCACCCCUGGGGGCCACGAGCCCUGGGCACCAUCGAAGCUCACGGCCCGGGCCCCCCACCUCUCCCCAUCGCUGCCCCCUCCCAGCAGUGGGGCCAUUGGCCACCCCCAGCCCCCCACACCAAGCAAGAGCCUUCCUGGGGCUGAAGUGCUUCUUCUCUUUAAGAGCUUUUGCAAUAAGUCUUUUUAGUAGUUAUUAUUUCUAGACUCUUCUUCCUUUUUCUUUUUCUUUCCCCAUUAUUAUCCUCAUUAUUAUUGUUUGCUUCCUGACCAAAAUUAGGAACCGGGGGUCAGCCCUUUGUUACCCAGCAAUCACCCAAAGACAAAAGGUCGGCCGCAUCCAUAAAUUUUCUUAUGGAUUUUUCCUAACGUUUCACUGCAUUUCAUGUAUUUAUUUUCUUCCUUUUUCACCCGUUAAAGCUUUUAAAGAUGGGGCUGGGAUCUGACCUUAAGGCUCGCCUGUUGGAACAUACAACUUUUGGUUUGUUUCUAUUAUGCCAUCUGCAUUUUAUAUUUCUUAUAUAUAAUAUAUAUGACUAUAUAUAUAUGUGUACAUAUAUAUAUAUAUCUCUAUACAUGCAUCAUAUCAGUGUAGAUAUCCAUUCCGUAGCAUUUAGGCCUUGUUCUUGUGCCAUUUUUUUUUCUGUUACAGAUCUCUGAAUGCCUUCAAGUGUAUAAAGUGUUGAAUUCUCUCUGGUAUCUGUACUAUGUACACACAUUUUCAUAGGAAGCACAAUAAGAUGACAGAUGCAUUGUACAUCAAUACCUGCUACUCUUAACGACGAUAUAAAGAAUGAUAAAAUUGA